AUGGCUUCCUCCAGCAGUUUCCUGUCUGAAGAUCAGCUCCAGUGCUCCAUAUGUCUGGAUGUGUUCACUGAUCCAGUCUCUACUCCAUGUGGACACAACUUCUGCAUGAUCUGUCUUAAAAAAUGCUGGGACACCAGUUCACACUGCCAGUGUCCACUAUGUAAGACUAAUUUCCCCAAAAGGCCUGAACUACGAGUAAAUACCUUCAUCUCUGGACUGACUGCUUCAUUCACGAAACUAGUUCAGGUCAAAUCCAUUAGCACUGCAGGAGAAACUACCAAAUCUCUGGUGUUCUGUGACAUCUGCAGUGAGAAGAAAUAUGAAGCUCUGAAGUCCUGCCUGAUCUGUUUGGCCUCUUACUGCAAGACUCACCUGGAACCUCAUUAUAGAGUUUCCUCUUUUAAAAGCCACAAACUGAUCGAUCCUGUGGAGAACCUGGAGGACUACAUCUGUCAGAAACAUGAGAAACCUCUGGAGAUGUUCUGUAGAGAGGAUCAGACGUGUGUUUGUCAGGUCUGCACUGUAGAUGACCACAGGUACCACAACACAGUUUCUACAGAGGAGGAGAGUGCCAAAAAGAAGGCUGAAUUGGGAAAAACACAAGCAGAAGUUCAGCAGAUGAUAAAGGACCGAAUAAAGAAGAUUGAAGAAAUCAAACACUCUGUAGUAGUCAGCAGAAGAAACAAUGAGAAGGAGAAAGCUGACAGCAUGGACAUCUUCAGAUCUCUGAUACGCAGCAUUGAGAGAAACCAGGCUGAGCAGCAGAAGGUGAUGGAAGAGAAGCAGAGAGCAGCAGAGCGUCAGGCUGAAAAAUUCAUUAAAGAUCUGGAGCAGGAAAUCACUGAGCUGGAGCAGAUCUCCAACACUGAGGAUCAUCUCCACCUCCUACAGAUUUACCCGUCCCUGUGCAGACCUCCACCCACCAACAACUGGACUGAUGUCAGUAUUCAGCCUCAUCUGAAUGUGGAUCCUCUGUUUACAGCAAAACUUAUGCAAUCUUUUGACAAGGAAAUGAAGAGGCUUGUUCAAAUGGAACUGAAGGGAAUUCGACAGUAUGCAGUGGACGUGAUUCUAGAUCCUGAUACAGCAAAUCCUGAACUCAUCCUGUCUGAUGAUGGAAAACAAGUUACAUGUGGAGACACAGAACAGAAUCUUCCUGAUAAUCCAGAGAGAUUUAAUAAUGAAUACUGUGUGCUGGGAAAGGAGGGAUUCUCCUCAGGGAGAUUUUACUAUGAGGUUCAGGUCAGUGGAAAGACUGAGUGGGAUUUAGGAGUGACCAGAGAGUCCAGUAACAGGAAGGGGGAGAUUAUACUCAGUCCUGAUCAUGGAUAUUGGUCUGUGUGGCUGAGAGAUAAAACUGAAUAUGGGGCUCUGGAUUUUUCCUUUGUCCCCCUCUCCUUGAAACAGGCUCCUCAGAAGGUGGGGGUGUUUGUGGAUUAUGAGGAGGGUUUGGUCUCCUUCUAUGAUGUUGAGAAUGAAUCUCAUAUCUACUCUUUCACUGGUCAGUCUUUCACUGAGAAGCUCUAUCCAUACUUCUGUCCCUGUCCCAAUGUUGAAGCUAAAGAUUCAGCACCACUGAUCAUCCGCCCUGUUAGUCAAGUUCAAACCUAA